AUGUUGCCUACCCAGUGCCUCGUGAUGACCUCCGGCAGUCAUGUCGUUCCGGCGCGUGCCGAAUACGCAGGGGGUCCGCUGAACAGCAGCGUGCGCGACAACGCUGCGCUUGACAAGCUGUCCAUCAAGCUCUUCUUUCCAAGCUUGGACACAGACCGACCGGUGGCAGAGCUUCCCGGCUACAAGGGGAUCUUUGUUUUCAGCCCGGAUCUGGCAGAUGGGCUCCUUUUCCUGGUGCUGACACAAACUCCUGAAGCCCGGAAGAUGUUUGGCGUGGAAAUGAACGAGGCGGCUUUUGGAAUGGUGUCCAAGCAGCAGCGCAGGGACAGGAAGAUCACUUUCAUCAGUGGCUCAGUGCUCAUCAUGCGGAACAAAGCUUCUGGACGCGGGCUUGGUCUCAGCAUCGAGGACUUCAAGAAGUAUACAAAGAACAUCCCGGACCUUGAUGUAACGUAUGCUCGCCCUGCUCAGCCGUUCCGGCUAGUCGCAAGGCCAGCAGCCAAGCCACACGCGCAGCCUGGACCCGACGCCACUCCUCCCCGAGGCUGGGCGCGGGGUGAGGUGCCGAAGCUGCCGGAAGGAUCUCGAACACCACAGGCUCUACAGGAGCGAGAUGGCACAUUGGAUGUGCCCGCCGCGAGCACGGCACCCACGUCGAGUCGCAGCACAGAGGUCGGUGACGGCCCGCAGCCGCCGCAGCCAGAGGCGGGGGAGGCGGAGGAGUCGGAGGUCGAGGCGGAGCUGACUGCGAAUUCUCCAGAGAAAUGGACCGUCGAGGAUGUGGCUAGAUGGCUCAGACGGAUCCACCCGUCCGGGAAAUGGAGCCUGAGGCACGUGGACAGCUUCCGGCAGAAUCUGAUCGAUGGCAAGGCGUUGCAAACUCUCAAGAACGAGGAUCUUCUGGAGCUAGGUGUACGGGAGCUGGGCCCUCGCAAGGUUAUCCUGGCAGAGAUCCAGCAGCUCUUCUCUCGGUAG